UGGUUUGUUGCCGGAAGCGACGGCACCGGCGCGGAGAUGGCGCCGAGCUCGAAAUCCGAACGGGGAGGGAACCGGAAGUGGGGACCAAAGGACCAUGUGAUCCGGCAACUGGACCGGGUCAAGAUCACAGGUCAGCUGUCUCCACGCCUCUUCCGGAAACUUCCGCCGCGGCUCUGUGUGUCUCUGCGCAAUAUCGUGGAUGAAGAAUUUCUGAAAAAGGGUCACAUCUUCCUGGGUUUCACCAAAUGUGGCCGCUUCGUGCUGUCGUACACCAGCGACGUGCUGGAUGACGACUUCUCCUUCUACUCGUAUCACUUGUACUGGUGGCAGUUCCAGGUGCACAGCAAGCUGCGGCUGGUGCGACAGGUGCGUCUGUUCCAGGACGAGGAAAUCUACAGCGACCUGUUCCUGACGGUCUGCGAGUGGCCGAGUGACACGUCCAAGGUCAUCGUCUUCGGCUUCAACACAGCUGACGUGGUCGCUCACACUGUCUGUCUCUCCCUUCCUAGCACCUCUGGAAAUGGAAUGUUGAUGAACAUGAUGAGCGAUGAGAACCACCGGGACAUAUAUGUGAGCACGGUAUCUGCCCCGCCGACCUCCCCCUGCAGCGACUGCAGGGAGUCAUCAGCAGGUCCGUGCCUCUUGCAUAGCUUUAUGUUGCACACAAAGUACCAGGUGGUCUAUCCCUUCCCCACCUUCCAGCCUGCGUUCCAGCUGAAGAAAGACCACGUGGUUCUACUCAACACGAGCUACUCGUUGGUGGCCUGCGCAAUAUCUGUGCACCCGGCAGGAAACAUUAAGCCCAGCCAGAUCCUGUUCAGCAAGCAUAGCCACCAUCACACGUCCCGCAGCCCUGCCUCCCCCUCUGGACCCUCUUCCCCAAGUAGCGACUCGCCUCCUCCACCCGAGAACGCCUGCCUCAGCCCCCCGGGGACCCCGCCGGCCGUCGCCCGCGCCCGAGAGUUUGUGGCCGGCAUUUUCCGGCGUGCGCGGGAAGCGUCGGGGUUGGAGUCCCAGGAGAAAGCGGAUGAUGCGAGGGCCGGGCCGAGCAGAGAAAUCUCCCCGCGGUCUUCCGGUCCGGACUCCCCUGCUUGGCAUCGCGUUUCCGGUGAGGGGUCUUCGCGGGCCAACAGCAACCUGUCGGAGGAACCCAGUUACGUUAACUACACGCGCCUUCGCUACAUCCUCGGCGAGGUGACCGAAUCUGACCAAGAGAGCGAGUAUGAAGAUGACAAGAUUUCUCUGCCUUUCCUGGUCACCGACCUCAAUGGGCGCCACCUGAAGCCGAUGAAAGAGAAGCCUUCAUUCCAGGGCCAGCACCUCAGCGUCGAGCAGCUGACGCUGGACUUCGAGUACGUGAUAAACGAGGUGAUCCGACACGACGCCUCCUGGUCCCGGCAGUUCUGCUCCUUCAGCGACUACGAUAUCGUAAUCCUAGAGAUGUGUCCCGAGACCCACCAGGUGAUAAUAAACAUCGGACUGCUGCUCCUCGCCUUCCCAGCCCCGCACGAGGAAGGCCAGCUGAGGCCGAAGACGCAUCACACCAGCCUGAAGGUGGCGUGGGAUCUGCACACGGGGAUUUUCAGCACGCUUAGCGUGGGUGACCUGAUCGAGGUCAAAGGUCAGACGAGCGGCAGCGUCUGGAGCUCGUACCGGAAGAGCUGCGUCGACACCGUUAUGAAGUGGUUGGUCCCGGAGAGCAGCGUGCGAUAUGUCAACCGCAUGACGAACGAGGCCCUCCAUAAAGGCUGUUCCCUGAAGGUUUUGGCCGACAGCGUGCGAUACACGUGGAUUGUGCUCUAACCUCGCGCGGCUCGGUGACUUUGAACGCUACCUCUGUGCAAAUCUCUUGGUGCAACCCUGUUGGGAAGACAUGGCGGGCGAUCGCCCCGCUCGCCAUGUUACCGGACCCAGCAACUGGUCUGGGCAGCGCCAGUUUACGUGUUAUCUGAUUUAUACAGGUCCCGGGCCUGUGGCAUUCCCUGCUAAUAAGAUUUAACCCUUUUAUUUUCUCGCUGCCGGGGUUAAUUCAGUAUCCGUUUGUGGGGUGUUUUUUUUUUUUUUUUUUUUUUUCUGGACUGAUCAGAACAAAGCAGAAUUGUUAUUUUUUAUCGGCAUGUAGAUAUCUGUAUAAAUAUAUAGCGGCCCCCUGUUCGUUGUUUAUGUAACUACCCUUAUGAAAAUAAAUCACAUUGUUUCCGAUUUACAAAGGAA